CUUCGGCUUCCGUAGCUGAAAAGAUCCUUACUACACUUUCUUCCAGGCAUUUAUCGUUCAAUUCAUUUCCUUUCCAAAACAAACGCGCAUUUUAACGCGAAUCAGGCAAAACUACACCCGGAAGGAAGAAGCACAGGACUGAAAUCCGCCCGUUCAGCUGUAGUGAAUCCGCUACUAGGGACAUUUUAACGUGAUCUGUCACGGUUGAUAGUUAGCACAUAGGCUAUCAGGGUAUGGCUCGUUAGCAGGGCAAAUACCGCUUUAUUCGGAGAGUGUUUUCGGUCGUGGAGCGGUGUCGAGAUCGGCUCGGAUGUGAACGGCGGCGCCGGAUGAACCGCGAUCUUCACUGCAGCCGCGGCGACCUCACGACACUUGUGUCGAAGUUGGAAAUACGGAAAUAACAGCCAUUUAUGGCCCACAGUAAUCAAUUAAGUGCACUUCAAGUGUUGAAAUACCGCAUCUGUUCUGAGAGAUAUUAAAGUAUAUGGCCGUGGCCGCUCCUGACACAGGUGGAGAUUAAUAUUUAGGUCGUGCGCGCGGAUUAGUGUUCACAGCAGGAUGUCAAAGGGAUUUGUGAGCUGAGAUAACAACAAAAACAAAAACAUGUCAUUCUCCCUGUCAUAACCUGCAGAGUUUCGCUUUACGACAGAAAACCGUGUGUCGACAUUUGAAUAACAUCGAUGUUUGAGCUUUGCACGAGCGAGCUGUCAAAAUCAUUUUACUGAUCAAAUACUCUAGAAAUCGCACACAUCAUGUCCGGGGACAGCAGCGGUAGCGGCGAGGACUCCGACCGGGAAACCCGCCGUAAAGUUUGCACCGUUAAACACGAGAUCACUAAUGCAAAUCUCACAGGAUACACUGAGAAAGUUGGCAUGGAGAACUUCGAACUUCUCAAGGUGCUGGGCACUGGAGCCUACGGGAAAGUGUUCCUGGUCAGAAAAAUCAGCGGCCAUGAUAAAGGCAAACUCUACGCCAUGAAGGUUUUGAAGAAAGCAGCCAUCGUUCAGAAGGCAAAGACGGCUGAGCACACGAGAACAGAGCGACAGGUGCUGGAGCACAUCCGCCAGUCCCCGUUUCUGGUCACCCUCCACUACGCCUUUCAGACGCAAACCAAACUGCAUCUCAUACUAGAUUAUGUGAGCGGAGGAGAGAUGUUUACACACCUGUAUCAGAGAGAUCAUUUCUCCGAGGAUGAGGUCAGGAUCUACGUGGGAGAAAUUAUUCUGGCCCUGGAGCACCUGCACAAGCUCGGCAUUGUGUACCGCGACAUCAAGCUGGAGAACAUCUUACUGGACAGUGACGGUCAUGUGGUUCUCACAGACUUUGGGCUGAGUAAGGAGUUUCUGGAAGAGGAGAAAGAGAGGACGUACUCAUUCUGUGGCACUAUAGAGUACAUGGCUCCUGAGAUUAUCAGAGGAAAAGCUGGCCAUGGCAAGGCGGUGGACUGGUGGAGUUUGGGGAUUCUGAUGUUCGAGCUGUUGACGGGAGCGUCUCCGUUCACUCUGGAGGGGGAGAGGAAUUCCCAGAGCGAGGUGUCCAAACGCAUCCUGCGCUGCGAGCCUCCGUUCCCCUCCGUCAUCGGACCCUUGGCUCAGGAUCUCCUGCGAAAGUUACUGGUCAAAGACCCUCAUAAGAGGCUGGGCUCUGGUCCCCGAGGAGCCGAGGACAUCAAGUCCCACCCCUUCUUCAAGGGUUUAAACUGGUCUGACUUGGCAGAGAAGAAGGUUCAGAGUCCAUUCCGACCAGAGCUACGUAAUGAGUUGGAUGUGGGUAACUUUGCGGAGGAGUUUACAGGAAUGGAGCCGGUCUAUUCCCCAGCCAGCACGCCGCCUAGUACAGACCGUCUGUUUCAGGGAUACUCUUUUGUGGCUCCUUCUAUCUUAUUCAAUAAGAACGUGGUGAUGGCGGAUGUUCUGGACGCUCAUGUCAAUGUCGACAGGCCCGGUUCUGCUACGGUCCAGCGUAGCGCUAUGCUAAAGGAAUCUCAGUUUUUCCAGCACUAUGAGCUGUGCCUGCAGGGGGCUCCACUGGGCGAGGGCAGUUUCUCUGUCUGCAGGAAGUGCAGACACAGGCAGAGCGGCCAGGAGUACGCUGUAAAAAUCGUCAGCAGAAGGAUGGAGGCCAUGACUCAGAAAGAGAUCGCAGCACUGCGCCAGUGUGAAUCUCACCCCAACAUCGUCACGCUGCACGAGGUCUACACCGAUCAGUAUCAUACGUAUCUGGUGAUGGAGCUGUUGCGUGGUGGAGAGCUGCUGGAGCGAAUACGGAAAAAGAAGAUGUUUGCAGAAUGGGAGGCCAGUCAGCUGAUGAAGAGCCUGGUGUCUGCGGUCAGCUACAUGCACGAGGCUGGAGUCGUGCACCGAGACCUCAAACCAGAGAACGUGCUGUUUGCGGAUGAGUCGGAUGACUCGGUGUUGAAGGUGAUUGAUUUCGGGUUCGCGCGGUUGUUUCCCGCGGGGAGCGGCAGUGCGCCGCUGCAGACCCCCUGCUUCACCCUGCAGUACGCAGCGCCAGAGCUCUUCCACAGCUCCGGAUACGACCAGGCCUGCGACCUCUGGAGCCUCGGCGUCAUCCUGUACACCAUGCUCUCGGGCCAAGUUCCGUUCCAGAGUGAGAAGAAGGGAAUGACAUCAUCGCACGCAGCUGACAUCAUGCACAAGAUCAAAGAGGGAGAUUUCUCAUUGGACGGAGAAGCCUGGAAGGGCGUGUCUGAGGAGGCCAAAGAUUUAGUGAGAGGUUUGUUAACCGUGGAUCCUGAGCGCCGGCUGAAGCUCUUGGCUCUGAAGGAGAACGCCUGGCUCCAGGGCGGCGGCGUCAUGUCCUCCACCCCGCUCUGCACUCCUGACGUCCUGGAGUCCACCGGCCCCACCGUCCGCACCUAUGUCAACGCCACCUACAAGGCAUUUAACCGCGGGAAGCGCGAGGGCUUUUUCCUUAAAAGCGUCGACAACGCGCCGCUCGCUAAACGACGUAAGAUGAAGAUGACCAGCACUGGUGUGGAGACGAGACGCAGCUCAUCCUCCUCCUCCUCUUCCUCCUCUUCCUCAUCCGCUUCCCAUUCCAAGACGCAGAAUUGCCAAUCUCUGAAUCCCCACGAGGACCCCAAACUGUGACGUCUCCCGUCUGACUGAGAAGCUGCUCUGAUGUGGUGAGAGAAUGUGUUACACGAGCAUUACAGAGUGAAAAAGACCACGCAGAAUAAUAUAACCUUCAUACGGCAACAGAUUCGGCAUUUAUUGACGUCUCUUCAGGAGAACGGCCCUGCGCCGGCAGGAUCUGCGGAUUCUCAAGUCGUUUGGGGGAAAGAGGAUCUUUAAUCACGAUGGCUCUCUGUAAACACAAUGCCAAGGAAAUGAUCUACAUUAGAAAGGAGACUCCAGCGGCGUUGCCUUUGUAAUUCCUUUCAUCAUUUGAGACUGUAGACAUUUUAAUGAAUGUAAAUGUAAAAAUGUUCUGUCGUGCGGUGGGCGUCCACCCGCUUUUAGAGAGAUCUUUUAACUGCGAGAGACGAUUGAAACGCGCCAAACUGAGAUCAGGGAAAGCUGAAACGUUAGGGAAUAGCGGACAGGAAAGCCAUAUGUGAGCGUUAGAGUGGACUACUAUUUUAAUGUGUUUUAAUGAUCCACUGAGAAAAGCUUUAUGUGAGUCUUGUACAGCCUAUUUACAUAUCACUACUUUCAGAAGUUUUCUCGAUGUUUGCAUGACUAUAGUAUUUUGAAUGUUUUACAUUUUUAAAGGUUGACGUAUGAAGUCAGACCACACUGAGUCACUCAAUCACCAGUUACAAUGAUCAUAUCCACACUUCUGGGUGAACCUCACAAAGAAAUGUUGUAUUUCUCCCCAAAAUCAAGAAAAAAAAUUAUAUUUUGAGUACAAUUAAAUGUCCCUGCCAAACUGCCAUUACUGGAAUGUUUAAAAAACCCUCAUUAAUUCAGAAAUGAAAUGACUUGCCCUCAAAAAUCAGCAGCAAUAUGUACUUACGAUUGUACUUUACUAAUGAGAGGGAACAUAUUGUAAUGAAAUUACCAUAAAAAAUUGCAAAUCUUGAUGCAAGAUCAUUUCUCUUUCGGGGCUCUUUGUGAAGUGAAAUGCACCCAGAUAUUUCUUGACCGUUUCCGUGAGAUUCACCUUUUAUCGUCUCGACCUCUUCGCCUUCGAAGUGUGUCGAGAUCACUUCGUGCACCAUCACGAACUUACUGGACUGAUUUGGAAAGGUUUGGUUGUAUGAACCCAGAUGUGGAGUUUGCUUUCAUCGGCGUACUUGAAAGGUUGUGCUUCUUCAGUAGCGCGUCUCUUCUGCCGAGCUGAGGGAUCCCGCUCAACUCUCUGUCGACCGAAAGGGCUGAGGUUCACCAGACAGCAAUCGAUCCCUCCCGUUCUUAAGGGCUUUCACAAUCGCACGUCCACGCUGUAACGAGCGACCCUCUCGCACUGUGACGAGCGUGAGAGAAGACGGCGCCGGCGUCCCUCCCCGUCUCCCUCUUUAUUAAGCGUCUUCACGGCCAUUAGUCUCGCAAUAUUUCAGACGUUUCGGCGUGGAGUCUUUCUGCUGUACGUGCCGUGCAAAUCCGCCGCCGACGCUUAGGAUUCAGGCGGCGUGUUGAGCUGACGCUUUUAUUAAGAUGCAAACAGGUGUCGAGUCCCAGUAAAACACCUCCGGCGACGUUAUAUAAACUCUGCUUUUCUUUUAAGAGGUGUGAAGCUGGCAGGUAUGAACAAUUUAACGGUCAGACGGAUUGUUGGGCACUGUUUUUAUUGAAAUAACAUAUUCAUCGUUUGUUUGUGCCAAAAUAAUCAGUUAAUGGAGGAUAAUAUUGUCUGUGAUAGAGUUUUGCACACGAGAUGCACUAGUCUGGGUUUUUUUAUUCCUUGAUUGUUCAUAAGCGAUGCUUCUGUCAGCUUUUCAUCAAAGGAGACGGUCAAACUGUCGUUAAAAAAGACUGGAACAAAUGCAGCACGUUCUGAUGCGCCUCGUCAAGGGUUCAAAUGUGUAACUUUGCUCAGCGUCUGUAAUCACAGUAUCUCUCAGAUGUAAUCAGCAGAGUUUCAUCAUGCCGUUCGAUGAAAAUGGGUUUGACUUUAGGCUUUUUAAAGGAACGGUUCAGCCAAAACUAAAAUUUGCUCAAAAUGUGUUCACCCUCAGGUCAUCCAAGAUGUAGAUGAGACUUGAAGAAACUGAUAGACUGGAGAGGAUUAUGGUGAUGUUUUUAUGAUCUGUUUGGACUCUCGUUUUGACGGCACCCGUUCGCUGCAGAGGAUCCAUUGGUUUCUUCGAAUCUGUUGAAGAAACAAACUCGGAUGACCUGAAGAUGAGCCCAUUUUCAGCAAGUUCAUUUUUGGCUGAACUAGUCAUACAAAGGAUGACGUAUCAGUGAUUUUACACUAUUGUUUUAGGUAAAUUCGAAUCGGUUUGAUUUCUUUUGUCGCACAAGAUUGUCAUGUCAAUGUGUUUUUGGGCUUUAAAGCAGUAAUUUUUUUUAUUUAUUUCUUUUUACUUGCUCUUUAUAUUGUUAUUCAGAGUGUUAUAGCUUUCUGCUCAGUGUAGUUUAGUUUAUUUUUGUUGUUUUUGUUUGUCAGCAAGAACAAGUCUUCAGCUCUUACUAGAUCAUGCACUGCAUUUUUGUUUUUGUGGAACUUAUACAAUUGUACAUUUUUGAUUGUGAAAUUGUGAUGGACCUGAUUUGGCGUCUACAGUUUAAGGGUGAGCUUGCUGUGUCUCUCAUGGCUUGAGUUUGGUCUGUUAUGUUAGGGUUCUUAUUUGCAUGUUUUGUUUUGUUUUCUUUUUUUAAUUCCUGAUAACGUAAAUGUUGUUCUGUCUCUGCCAAAAAAAAAAAAAAGUUUUGUAAUAAAAAAAAGAGAAUUAUAGAGCGGUAAUGAAAUACACUGUUAAGAGAAUAAAUGAGAUGCAUUGUUGUGCAUUAAGAACAUCGCUGAAUCCAAAGUAUAAAAUAUACAAAUAUACUACACUCUAACUUUCUAUUCCCUUCUUAAACUUGUCAUGUUUUUUUGUUUUUUUUUGGCUCUGAUGUCUUUGGUGUUGAUUUGAUAGUUCCAAUCCAUUGCAUUAUCUGUUUAGGAGUGUUGUCUUAAAGGGAUGAAUGAAAAAAUGAAAAUUCUCUCAUCGUUUACUCACCCAGAUGGAUGGACAGCUCUUGAAAGUAUGCCAGUGACUGUUGGCACAAUGUGAAAUAAAUGAGGAAAUGAGAGCUAU